AUGUCUCAUGCGAACGGCGGCAACUCUGCCCCCGUGGGCCAUGAAAAGAUCAACACCGACAUCAUCUCUCUUACAAGGUUCCUUACAGAAGAGCAGACAAAACACCCAGAAGCCACUGGUGACUUUACCCUCUUAUGCCAUGCCCUUCAAUUCUCCUUCAAAUCCAUCGCAUACUACAUCCGACGUGCCUCCUUAAUCAACCUCAACGGGCUUGCGGGUUCCGCAAAUACCACCGGAGAUGACCAGAAGAAAUUGGACGUGAUCGGAAACGACCUGUUCAUCGCAGCAAUGCGCGGAUCAGGCAAAUGCCGCCUCCUGGUCUCUGAAGAAGAGGAGGAAGCCAUUAUAUUUAACGAGAGCCCAUAUGCCCGAUACGCCGUCGUCUGCGACCCCAUCGACGGCUCCUCCAACCUCGACGCUGGUGUUUCUGUCGGAACCAUUUUUGGAAUUUUCAAGCUUCCAGAUGAGCUCCUUGGGCCCAGCAAGACAGUCACAGCCAAAGACGUCCUACACCCAGGAACAGACCUGGUCGCCUCCGGUUUCACAAUGUACGGCGCCUCCGCCCAACUCGUAAUCACCAUGAAGGGCGGCACCGUCAACGGUUUCACCAUGGAGAACUCCCUGGGCGAGUUUAUACUGACACACCCCAACAUGCAACUCCCCGCCAAACGUGCAAUCUAUAGCGUUAACGAAGGGAACUCUAUGUACUGGGAUCAAUGGGUCAAGGAGUACUUCAACGAUCUUAAAUUCCCUUCCAACGGCAAACCCUACAGCGCUCGAUACAUAGGUAGUAUGGUUGCAGAUGCGUACCGGACGCUGCUGUAUGGAGGUAUUUUUGCAUAUCCGGCUGACUCGAAGAGCCCCAAGGGGAAAUUGCGUAUCUUGUAUGAAUGCGCGCCAAUGGCAUUGAUAUUUGAGAACGCUGGAGGCCAGGCGCUCAAUUCCAACAUGAAGAGACUUCUCGAUGUUGUCCCUGAGGAUAUUCAUGACCGUAGUGGUGUAUUCUUAGGCAGUUAUGACGAGAUAGAGAAAGUCAAAUCUUUCCAUCAGAAGUACAGCAAAUAG